GAUUCCCGCUCUUCGUCUUUAUGUGUGUAUAUAUGCGGCGGUCGAUACCAAAAGGUUCUCAGAGACGGAUCGCCGGCGAGUUCCCGCUUCUCAUUGUUCUCACGUCACCUGCGGAUCGCGGUCUUCUACGAGGAAGCUACACUCAAGCGACAAAACAGCAGUGACCAUGCCUCAGAUUCAGCAACAGGCACCAGCUUUCUGCGGCACAGCCGUUGUGAAGGGACAAUUCAAGGAUAUUAAACUCAGCGACUACAAGGGCAAAUAUGUCGUGCUCUUCUUCUACCCGUUGGACUUCACUUUCGUGUGCCCGACGGAAAUCAUCGCUUUCUCCGACCGAGUGAAGGAGUUCACCAACAUCGGCUGCCAAGUGAUUGCCGCGUCCACCGACUCCCACUUUAGCCAUCUCGCGUGGAUAAAUACGCCGCGCAAGCAGGGCGGUCUCGGUGAGAUGAACAUUCCCCUGUUGGCGGACAAGAGCUGCAAGAUCGCCCGCGAUUACGGCGUCCUCGACGAGGAGUCGGGAAUUCCCUUCCGCGGUCUUUUCAUCAUCGAUGACAAGCAGACCUUGCGCCAGAUCACCAUCAACGACCUACCCGUGGGAAGAUCCGUGGACGAAACUCUCCGUCUGGUUCAGGCAUUCCAGUACACCGACAAGCACGGUGAGGUUUGUCCAGCCGGCUGGAAACCUGGCGCGAAGGCCAUGAAGGCCGACGUCGUUGGCUCACUGGAGUACUUCAAGGAUCAAUAGACAAUAAACUCAUACUAAUGCCUCUUCAUACUUACUGUUAACUCGUGUGUGUAUGUGUGUUUUAUACUCUUUCGCUGCGUACUCUUCGAGUUUGACACAUUCAUUUCUGUUUCUACUUAGCAUAGCUGGAUAUACGUAUUUUCACAUAGAAGACACCCGUCUUUAGUUUAAUAAAUGGAAAAUAAAAAUUUAUUUUCUAUAU